AUGGAUGAGGAAGAGGGAGGAGCGGAGGCGGCUGUGGCCACAAAAGGGCAGCAGGAGGGAUCCGCUCACUGGUACAACGUCAGGUACCGAGGAAAUGCCUUCCCUGUGGAAAUCACCCGCCGAGAUGACCUUGUUGAACGACCCGACCCUGUGGUUUUGGCAUUUGACAUCGAGACAACCAAACUGCCCCUCAAGUUUCCAGAUGCUGAGACUGACCAGAUUAUGAUGAUUUCCUAUAUGAUUGACGGUCAGGGCUACCUCAUCACCAAUAGGGAGAUAGUGUCAGAGGACGUUGGAGAUUUCGAGUUCACCCCCAAGCCAGAGUAUGAGGGACCCUUCUGUGUCUUCAAUGAACCCGACGAGGUUCAUCUAAUCCAGAGGUGGUUUGAACACGUCCAAGAGGCCAAACCCACCAUCAUGGUCACCUACAAUGGGGACUUUUUUGACUGGCCGUUUGUGGAGGCCAGAGCGGCGGUCCAUGGGCUGAGCAUGUACCAGGAGAUAGGGUUCCAGAAGGACAGCCAGGGGGAGUAUAAGGCAUCCCAGUGCAUCCACAUGGACUGUCUCAGGUGGGUGAAGAGGGACAGUUACCUUCCUGUGGGCAGUCACAACCUCAAGGCGGCUGCCAAAGCCAAGUUGGGCUACGACCCCGUGGAGCUGGACCCUGAAGACAUGUGCCGGAUGGCCACCGAGCAGCCCCAGACUCUGGCCACAUACUCGGUGUCAGACGCGGUGGCCACGUACUACCUGUACAUGAAGUACGUCCACCCCUUCAUAUUCGCCCUCUGCACCAUCAUCCCCAUGGAGCCUGACGAGGUGCUGCGGAAGGGCUCCGGGACGCUGUGUGAGGCCUUGUUGAUGGUGCAGGCCUUCCAUGCCAACAUCGUCUUCCCCAACAAGCAGGAGCAGGAGUUUAACAAGCUGACCAGUGAUGGCCACGUGCUGGAUGCCGAGACCUAUGUGGGUGGCCACGUGGAGGCCCUGGAGUCGGGCGUGUUCCGCAGUGACAUCCCCUGCCGGUUCAGGAUGAAUCCUGCCGCCUUUGACUUCCUGCUGCAGCGGGUGGAGAAGACCAUGCGUCAUGCCAUCGAGGAAGAGGAGAAGGUGCCCAUGGAGCAGGUCACCAACUUCCAAGAGGUGUGUGAUCAGAUUAAGACCAAGCUCACCUCCCUGAAAGAUGUCCCAAACAGAAUCGAGUGUCCCCUUAUCUACCACCUGGAUGUGGGGGCCAUGUACCCCAACAUCAUCCUGACGAACCGCCUGCAGCCCUCUGCCGUGGUGGACGAGGCCACCUGUGCUGCCUGUGACUUCAACAAGCCUGGAGCAGACUGCCAGAGGAAGAUGGCCUGGCAGUGGAGGGGCGAGUUCAUGCCAGCCAGUCGCAGCGAGUACCAUCGGAUCCAGCACCAGCUGGAGUCAGAGAAGUUCCCUCCCUUGACUGCAGAGGGCCCAGCCCGGGCCUUUCACGAGCUGUCCCGCGAGGAGCAGGCUAAAUAUGAGAAGCGGAGGCUGUCAGAUUACUGCCGGAAGGCCUACAAGAAGAUCCACGUGACCAGGGUGGAGGAGCGCCUCACCACCAUCUGCCAGCGGGAGAACUCCUUCUAUGUGGACACGGUGCGCGCCUUCCGGGACAGGCGCUAUGAGUUCAAGGGUCUCCACAAGACACUGGGUUGCUUCCGCGGUUUGGCCACUGUGAAGAAUGCCGCUGUGAACGUGGGAGUGAAGCUGCCUCCACUUCCUCUUGUUAUGCAGGAAGGCUUCACCAAUGAUCAGUACCAGGAGCUGACUGAGCCAGCCUCACUCACCUAUGUCACCCGCUCAGAGAACAGCAUCUUUUUUGAGGUUGAUGGACCCUACCUUGCCAUGAUCCUUCCAGCCUCCAAGGAAGAGGGCAAGAAACUGAAGAAGAGAUAUGCUGUCUUCAACGAGGACGGUUCCCUGGCUGAGCUAAAGGGCUUCGAGAUCAAACGCCGGGGGGAGCUGCAGCUGAUUAAAAUCUUCCAGUCCUCAGUGUUUGAGGCCUUCCUCAAGGGCAGCACCCUAGAAGAAGUGUAUGGCUCCGUCGCCAAGGUGGCUGACUACUGGCUGGACGUGCUGUACAGUAAGGCCGCGAACAUGCCUGAUUCUGAGCUGUUUGAGCUGAUCUCUGAGAACCGCUCCAUGUCUCGGAAGCUGGAAGAUUAUGGGGAGCAGAAGUCCACGUCUAUCAGCACGGCCAAACGCCUGGCUGAGUUCCUGGGGGAUCAGAUGGUGAAGGACGCGGGGCUGAGCUGCCGCUACAUCAUCUCCCGGAAGCCCGAGGGCUCUCCAGUCACAGAGAGGGCCAUCCCACUCGCCAUUUUCCAGGCAGAGCCCAUGGUGAGGAAGCAUUUUCUCCGGAAAUGGCUUAAGAGUUCUUCCCUCCAAGACUUCGAUAUUCGGACAAUCCUGGACUGGGACUACUACAUUGAGCGGCUAGGCAGUGCCAUACAGAAGAUCAUCACAAUCCCUGCGGCCCUGCAGCAGGUGAAGAACCCGGUGCCACGCGUCAAGCACCCUGACUGGCUGCACAAGAAACUUCUGGAGAAGAAUGACAUCUGCAAGCAGAAGAAGAUCAGUGAGCUUUUUGUCCUCGAAGGCCGGAGACAGGUGGGCGUGGCCCAGGCUCCAGAAGGCACACAGAGCCUUGGUGCUCCGGACAUGGAAGACCUCGGCCUGGCAAAGCCACCGCGCUCAGUGGUUCCUGUUGCCACCAGGAGGAAGCGCGUCCUCUGGGAGAGCCAGGGGGAGUCGCAGGACCUGGAGCUGACGGUGCCCUGGCAGGAGAUCUUGGGGCCGCCUCCGGCCCUCGGGACCACGCAGGAAGAGUGGCUGGUCUGGCUCCGAUUCCACAAGAAGAAGUGGCAGCUGCAGGCCCGGCAGCGCCUGGGUCGCAAGAAGAGGCGGCGUCUGGAGGUGGCAGAGGGUGACCCUCGGCCUGGGGCUGUCCGCGACAGGCCUGCCACCGGGCUGGGGGGCUUCUUGCAAAGAGCCGCCCGCAGCAUUUUGGACCUUCCGUGGCAGAUUGUGCAGAUCAGUGAGACCAGCCAGGCCGGCUUGUUCAGGCUGUGGGCCGUCAUCAGCAGUGACUUGUACUGCAUCAGGCUGAACAUCCCCCGCCAGUUCUAUGUUAACCAGCGGGUGGCUAAAGCCGAGGAGGGGCCUUCAUACCGCAAGGUCAGUCGAGUGCUUCCUCGCUCCAACGUGGUCUACAACCUCUACGAGUACUCGGUGCCCGAGGACAUGUAUCAGGAACACGUCAACGAGAUCAAUACUGAAUUGUCGGCCCCAGACAUCGAGGGCGUGUACGAGACACAGGUUCCGUUAUUGUUCCGGGCCCUGGUGCAGCUGGGCUGUGUGUGUGUGGUCAAUAAACAGCUGGUGAGACACCUUUCAGGCCGAGAAGCAGAAACCUUUGCUCUCGAGCACUUGGAGAUGCGCUCUCUGGCCCAGUUCAGCUACUUGGAACCAGGGAGCAUCCGCCACCUCUACCUGUACCACCACGCGCAAGGCCACAAGGCGCUCUUUGGCCUGUUUGUGCCCUCCCAGCGCAGGGCGUCUGUGUUCGUGCUGGACACCGUGCGAAGCAACCAGAUGCCCAGCCUCAGCGCCCUGUACACCGCCGAGCACAGCCUCCUGAUGGAGAAGGUGGGCCCCGAGCUCCUGCCUCCCCCCAAACACACUUUUGAAGUUCGGGCUGAAACCGACUUGAAAACCAUCUGCAGAGCCAUCCAGCGCUUCCUGCUGGCCUACAAGGAGGAGCGCCGUGGGCCCACACUCAUCGCUGUUCAGUCCAACUGGGAGCUGAAGAGGCUGGCUGGCGAGGUGCCCAUCCUGGAGGACUUCCCGCUGGUGCCGGUCCGCGUGGCUGAUAGGGUCAGCUAUGGAGUCCUGGACUGGCAGCGCCUCGGUGCCCGGCGCAUGAUCCGCCACUACCUCAACCUGGACACCUGCCUGUCCCAGGCCUUCGAGAUGAGCAGGUACUUCCACAUCCCCAUUGGGAACCUGCCCGAAGACAUCUCCACCUUCGGCUCCGACCUCUUCUUUGCCCGCCACCUGCAGCGCCACAACCACCUGCUCUGGCUGUCCCCCACGGCGCGCCCUGACCUGGGCGGCAAGGAGGCCGACGACAAUCGCCUCGUCAUGGAGUUCGACGACCAGGCCAGCGUGGAGAUCAACUGUCCGGGCUGCUACUCCACGCUGUGCGUGGAGCUGGACAUCCAGAACCUGGCCGUCAACACCAUCUUGCAGUCCCACCACAUCAAUGACAUGGAGGGGGCUGACAGCGUGGGCAUCAGCUUCGACGUGAUCCAGCAGGCCUCCCUGGAGGACAUGAUCACCGGCAAUCAGGCCGCCGGCACCCCGGCCAGCUACGAUGAGACAGCCCUCUGCUCCAGCACGUUCAGGAUCCUGAAGAGCAUGGUGGUGGGCUGGGUGAAGGAGAUCACACAGUACCGCAAUAUCUACGCUGACAACCAGGUGAUGCACUUCUACCGCUGGCUCCGGUCCCCAUCCUCGCUGCUGCACGACCCCGCCCUGCACCGCACGCUCCACAACAUGAUGAAGAAGCUCUUCCUGCAGCUCAUCGCUGAGUUCAAGCGCUUGGGGUCCUCUGUCGUCUAUGCCAACUUCAACCGCAUCAUCCUCUGCACGAAGAAGCGGCGGGUCGCAGACGCCAUUGCCUACGUGGAGUACAUCACCAACAGCGUCCAUUCUAAAGAGAUCUUCCAUUCCUUGACGAUUUCUUUCUCUCGGUGCUGGGAGUUUCUUCUCUGGAUGGAUCCCUCUAACUAUGGUGGAAUCAAAGGAAACGUCCCAUCUAGUAUUCACUGUGGACAGCAAGACUCCCGAAAAGAAGGCAGAGAAGAGGAGGAGGAGGAGGAGGAGGAGGAAGGUGGGGAGGAGGAGGAGGAGGAGGAGGAGGAGGAAGGUGCCCAGGAGCCCGACGUGGAGGACAUGCUAGAAAACAACUGGAACAUCGUGCAGUUCCUGCCACAGGCAGCCUCCUGCCAGAGCUACUUCCUCAUGAUCGUUUCGGCAUACAUUGUGGCCGUGUAUCACAGCAUGAAGGAGGAGCUGAGGCGCAGUGUCCCGGGGAGCACCCCCCUGCGGAGGAGGGGGCCCAGCCAGCUCUCCCAAGAGGCCCAGGCGGUGGCCGGAGCCCUUCCUGGAGUGAUCACCUUCUCUCAAGAUUACGUGGCAAAUGAACUCACUCAGAACUUCUUCACCAUCACUCAGAAGAUUCAGAAGAAAGUCACGGGUUCCCGGAACGCCACUGAGCUCUCAAAAAUGUUCCCUGUCCUCCCUGGUUCUCACUUGCUGCUCAAUAACCCUGCGCUGGAGUUCAUCAAAUACGUGUGCAAGGUUCUGUCUCUGGACACGAACAUCACGAACCAGGUGAACAAGCUGAACCGGGACCUGCUGCGCCUGGUGGACGUUGGCGAGUUCUCAGAGGAGGCCCAGUUCCGAGACCCCUGCCGUUCCUACGUGCUCCCUGAGGUCAUCUGCCGCAGCUGUAACUUCUGCCGGGACCUGGACCUGUGCAAAGAGCCCUCCUUCUCUCAGGACGGGGCUGUGCUGCCUCAGUGGCUCUGCUCCAACUGCCUGGUUGCCUAUGACUCAUCAGUCAUCGAGAUGGCCCUGGUGGAAGCCGUGCAGAAGAAACUGAUGGCCUUCACUCUGCAGGACCUGAUCUGCCUCAAGUGCCGGGGUGUGAAGGAGACCAACAUGCCUGUGUACUGCAGCUGUGCCGGGGACUUCGCCCUCACCAUCCGCACCAAGGUCUUCAUGGACCAGAUUAGAAUCUUCCAGAACAUCGCCCAGCACUAUGGCAUGUCGUACCUCAUGGAGACCCUGGAGUGGCUGCUGCAGAAGAACCUUCAGCUGGGCCAUUAG